CGCGCAGGCGCUCUCGGUUGGUAGUCACGUUUAUGAUGUUUGGUAGGGAGGUUCGGGAAGGGGAAACAAGAGCCUUGAGGGAGGGGGAAAUAGCGUGUUUUUUGCUGGAAAACUGGCUUUUGCGGGCGUUCCUUCAGUUCCUUCUUGCUGAAGGCGAGCUAGCUGUUCGUUUUCUUAAGGGCGAUGGCGAUGAGCAAAGGGUCCGUCCUUGAGGGAGCUUGUGAGGAGGUAGGAGGGCAGGAAGAAAAGGAAGAUCCCGCUGAAGCAGCCGCAGCCCUAGACGCCCCCGGUUGCUCCGGGACGGGUUCCCGCUUCGAGAGGGGAGGCCGUUCUGAAUCCAGCGGUGAGGGAAACGCAGACAUGGAAGAGGAGGAGGAAGAAGAAAACGACGACGAGGACGAAGACGAAGAGGAAGAGUUGGAAGACGAGGAGGAAGACGAAGCUCUGGAAGGGGCCCCCACGGACGCUUUCGGGCGCUUUGGGGUAGAGGAGGGCGAAAUGGAUACGGAUGAUGAGGAUGAGCGUAUGAUUAAACUAUCUGAGCUGACACCAUAUAUAAUGUGUUCUAUCUGCAAGGGAUAUUUUAUAGAUGCCACUACAAUUACAGAAUGCCUUCACACAUUCUGUAAAAGCUGCAUAGUAAGACAUUUUUACUACAGUAACAGAUGUCCAAAGUGCAAUAUUGUAGUACAUCAGACACAGCCUCUAUAUAACAUCAGGCUGGAUCGACAGUUGCAAGAUAUAGUGUAUAAGUUAGUUGUCAGCUUGGAGGAAAGAGAGAAAAAGCAAAUGCAUGAUUUCUACAGAGAGAGGGGUCUAGAAAUACCUAAACUUGCUGUGCCACAGCCAACUACUGCAGCUAGGGGGAGGCACCGCAAAAUUGUGGGCUCAGCAUUCCAUGUCCCUCCGGAACUUGAUACUUCACUACUCCUGGAGUUCAUUGGGGCUAAUGAUCUCUCUGGGAAUUUUAAGCCACUGGAAAAGAAAUUUGUACGUGUUUCGGGAGAUGCAACAGUUGGACAUGUGGAGAAAUUCCUCCGAAAAAAGAUGGAUCUUGAUCCUGGUUGUCAGGUAGACAUAAUAUGUGGUGAUCACUUACUAGAAGACUACCAGACACUAAGGGAAAUCAGACAGGCUCUCGGGGAAAGUGCAGUACAGGAUGGCUUACUUGUACUUCAUUACGGCUUGAUUCUUAGCAGAGAUUCUACAUUUUCAAGAAUUUCUUAAAUAGCAUUAGUCACAGAGCUCUGGCGAAGUAAACAAUCUUCAAUCCUGAACAGAUCCAGAGAAAGUCAUCUUAUUGGAAAGUAUUAAACAUAUACUGCUGUUUGCUCCACCUAGUAAGGUAGGAUAAAACAUAAAUUGGUGACGAAAAAGAUAUACUGGCUGAAAUCCUGUUGUAUUGCUAUGCAGAAGGCAUAACUUUCAGAGGUGAACAUUCGGAGAUUUCUCAAAUUAAAAAAUAUCUGUAAAUGGUAUCUGUUGCACUCUGAGUUACACAACUCAAUUUGCAACAGAUAAUGGUUAUGGAGAUUUCUUAACUUGAGGCAGUUCACCUCCAAUGGCUAUGCCUUUUGCAUAGCAGUGUAACACGAUUUCAGCCAUUAUGUCAGUGAGCAUAGCUGUGAAUACUUCAUUGCAGUUAUGUCAGCAGCACUUAGUAGCUCAGGGAAGAACAAACUUGUCAAGUUGACAAUGUCUAUUUCAAAUGUUAUUUGGGUCAUGGUGAUUUUAUAACUUGCCUUUGGGAUAUGAAUUUGAGACAAGUAUUUAUUUGAAAAGAAUCAAAUUGUGUGAUGUGUUCUCAGGGAUGAUUUCCAGUAUGCAGUGUCUUACUUGUAAAGUCAUGUGAUUUUCUUGAGGACAUUUGAUUGUACAGUAGUUGGUUUGGUUUAGAAAUAGUAGAGAAAAACUUUCAGAUGCAUCUCCUAAAUAGAGUGCAGGAUAAUUACCUUUUUAAAAAAUUGCAAGCAUUAUACCUCAUGUUUUAUGUGAGGAAGAGCAUUAAAUUAUGUAAUGUAUCAGAUUAAUAAAAAGGGAAUUUGAUGCAUGUCAGUUAUACAACAGACAAUGACUAUUCUUCACCCAAUAUGAAUAAUAUAUUUUACAGUUCCUGUAGAGCUAUUUCUUUGAAAGUAAUUAAGAACCUGAUUAUAUUCCAACGGGUGUCAGUGACCAGACUUUGCUCUAGCAACUUCAUUAGAUGGAAUACAAGGUUACGUACUUCUUUACCUAGCUUUUGUGACGCUUCCUCAAUAGUCUACUUCUCAUAUCCACUCAUUUCUGUUCCUGGCCUGCAGUCCUUCUCACAUUUGCCACCUUCUGCCUCCAUAUUAUAUUCCUUUCAUAUAUCUGUUCUAUUGUAUUCUGUAUGUCUCUGUAACUGCCGCUUUUGAUCCCUCAGCAGAAGAGACUUGGCUUGUGUCACAUAUAAACGAGCUUCAGGAAAUACCUUGUGUUCCCAACCAAUAGUAGCAAUAUGUAUGAACAACAUAUAACAACAUAUAACAAUAGAGUUUCAUUUUAAAUGUUGACCAAAAUCCUGUUGUAUGCAAUAAAUCCAUGUAAGGAAAGUGACCUCACUGGGAGUGGGAUUGCUGGUAAUUAAAGAGUUUUUGCUUUUGGAACUCACCAGCAAUUAGACUGAUCAGGGUGAGUUGUGGGUGGGUCAUGUGACCCCCAACAUUGAAAGAGAAUUUCUUUAAUUACCAGCAAUCUUCCCCUGCAGGUGAUGUUAUACCCUUUAUUUGGGCAUAAUUUACAUAACAUAAUUUUGGCCAUAACCUAUAACAGCAAUGGCAAGCCUAUGGCACUCAUACCACAGCUGGCAUGUAGAGCCCUCCCUGUGGGCACACGAGCCAUAAGUCGCCAUCGAGGAAUAAUUACCCAUCCUCCGAACCUGCAGAGGUUUUCUGGAGCCUUGAUAGAAGUGGCCCUGUUACCAGAGGCAGUAACUUUGAGGCUUUCCUGAUCACUUAUAGAUAGAAGAUAUAUAGUUACUGAGACAAUUUCUGUGUGUGGAUAAGGAUGCAACAUCUUUCUUACUUUCCUUCUUCCUUUUUUGCUAACCUUGGUUCAUUAUGAUAAUAUACAGUACUACAAUAGAAUUGUAAUUCUGUGGGCAAAAGGACACUAUAAAUGUUAAUUUCUAAUCUAAAAUGCUUUUAAACUUGGUUUGCAUGUGAAAAUACAGUGCUUUUAUAAAGUUAA